AUGUCCGUAAUAAACGCAGGCAACGUGCAGGCCACGCUCGGUGUGCCAGAGCCGCAGCUGUCUGAAAACCUCAGGAGGGUAUUUGCGCGGCUGGUCGACCCGAACGAAGACCCGCUCUUUGUCCAAAACUAUGUGGCCGCAAUCAGACGCACCCUGAGUGACGACGUCGACAACCAAGUGCCGCGUCAUCCGCCUUUCACGCAAUCAUGUCUCAACGCGGGCAUGGUGAAGACGCUGGUCGCCGUGCUGCGACAGGAGUGGUCGAGCGCGCAUACACCCAAGAUCAGAUAUAUUGCGCAGUACUACGCGUCCCAGGCUCUCUCGUACACACUUGAAACUGGAAGUGUGGAGGAACGACAGCGGGAGCUGAAUGCGAUGUUGCAAGAGGGGCUUUUCGAGCUGUGUCUGCGGGACCUGAAUCAUCGCCUGUGCACCAUGAGCCUGGUGGCCGUCAAUAUGCUCAGCUCGCUCGCGACGGAAGCCUGCCUCGCUGAAACAACGUCAGCGUCCACCGCGGCAGACGUCAUCGAGGCCGUCUGUUUGUACGUUCUCCGUGGACCGGAGCAUAUCACAGUGCAGCUUCUCGACCCUCCAACGGCGUGGCAGACGCAGAUAUUCGCCGAACGAGGAUAUAAAAGCAUGCCCAAGGACCCGGCACGCUGGGCGCCCGUGCUGUACGGCACGGCGCAGGAGAGCGCGAUCUGGGCCGCGCAGAACAUCCUGUGCUCGUCCCCGCCGCGCCCGCGCAAGUUUGUUUUGGACAUCCUCAAGAGAAAGCCUCGCGUUGUCGAUCUGCUAUUCGACUGCGCAAUCUUGGAGCGGCCGGCGUGGUACCCUGAGACGCAGGUGGACUCGACGGCGUGCGAGACGCUCACGCUGCUGUUCCAGUGGCCGAGCGAGUUCGUGCCCGGUGUGGAGACAAUGCGGGUGGAUAGGACGAGGCGAGCGCAGGAGUGGAAGGCGAUGUCGCAAGCGCUAACAAUCUUGACGUCGAGGAAGGGCUGGGCAGAGAGGCUCUCGGAGGUGUGGAUGCGGAUCGAUGAGGAGGAUAUGACAAAGGUCCAAAGCCAGCUAAAUGGGCAAGGAAAGGAUAAAUUUGCGCUGCUCAAUCAGCACGAGGUUUAUCGUUAUCGUGGUACGCAUCACAACGCUAUUCCCGAAAGCGCACCCCUUGAUCGAGACUUUCCUACAGGCAAAUCCAGAUCCACAGUUUUACGUCUAAUCACCACCCUCACCCACGCUGCCGAAUCCUGUGGUAUCACAAACGCUCAAAUCGAAUCAUUCCUUCACAUCGCUUACCUUGGGUGCCGCAAAGUGAGGCCGCUCGAAGAAUGUAACACCAACGCGAACGUACCGCUCACCGUUGAGCACUGGGAAGAAAUGAACCGCCCCCCACUAUGGACGACUCUUGCCAAUGUGCCCGCCGAGGUCGUUCCCGUCGCACCCGAGAACGCCCUCGGGCCGACCGCGCUCAUCCGGCUUUACGUCAUCCUCGCGCAGCGCAAGGCGUUGGAUGGCAUACGGGCGCUCAAGAAGCCGCCCGCGGGGCUCAUGCCCUUCACGUCGCUAUCGCACAUCCAGCAGAUCACGCACCCGGACGUCGUCCGCCGAGCAAUCGGAGUCGCGCAAGUGCGCCUGCUCGCAAGACUCGAGUACGGGCGCAAGACACUUGCGGGGAGGAGCAGCAGCGACUACCUCAGCAGUGCGCUGGCGGCGUUCACGAGUGCGGGCGAGCUCGCGGCUGCUCUUGUCGCGAUGGAUGUGUACACGGAUGGGGUGUAUAAGGAGGAGGUGCGCGGGGCGCGCAAGCAGCUUGUUAUUGCAAUGGGGAAUGCGUCGCAGAUGGCGCUGAAUCUCCGGCAGUAUCAGAGAGCGCUGCAUUUUGCAUGGGCUGCUGUCGAGGCAGCGGAGAAUAUUCCGGUUGAUGAGGGGCUGGAUGCAGACGUGAUUAAGAAGAAUAAGCGGAGGGUAGAUCAUGCAAAUAUUGGGAUCAAACAGCGGGGACAGCCUCGGCGCUCUGAUGCGUAA